UCUGCAUUUAAGACUUUGACCAGCAUGUGUAAGAAGUGCUCGCAUGGCUGGAAUAAUCUAACACAUUUUUACCUAGGUAGCACUUGGCAAAGCUCCCCUUUUUUUCCUGCACAGUUGAAAGGAAUCCAGUACAACUCCGUGCUUUGAUCAACUUGCCUCCAGUUCUGCUCAGCCUGCAGGGUUUGCUGGUGCACAGCCGUGCCUGUCUUAUGUGGCCUCUAUGGCCCUUUUCUGCUCAACUGUCAGAAAGAGGGAGGGAGGCUUCCCCCAGCACCAAAAUAUCAUUCUGUGUGCUCUCUGCAGCACAGUAGCAAAGAACAAGUUUCUUGAUUACUCCCUGGUCUUUUUGGAGUUAUUCACUGGAAGAAGUCUUUUUUCCCUCUUUAAAUGGAUGAUUGUGUUACAAUCAAGAAAAAGCAUCUCCAAAGACCAAUCUUUCGAUUAAGAUGCUUGGUGAAGCAACUGGAGAAAGGUGACAUCAAUGUGGUGGAUUUAAAAAAGAACAUUGAAUAUGCAGCAUCUGUGCUGGAGGCAGUUUAUAUUGAUGAAACCAGGAGGCUUCUGGACACUGAGGAUGAACUCUCGGACAUCCAGUCGGAUUCGGUCCCGCUGGAAGUGCGAGACUGGUUAGCUUCUACAUUCACAAGGGAAAUGGGAAUAGUGAAGAGGAGACCUGAAGAAAAGCCCAAAUUUCGAAGCAUUGUGCAUGCUGUACAGGCUGGGAUUUUUGUAGAAAGGAUGUACCGGAGAACUUCUAGCAUGGUUGGUUUGGCUUACCCAGCAGAAGUGAUUGUAACAUUUAAGGAUGUUGAUAAAUGGUCUUUUGACGUAUUUGCCCUAAAUGAAGCAAGUGGAGAACACAGUCUGAAAUUUAUGAUGUACGAGCUGUUCACCCGAUAUGACCUUUUGAACCGUUUCAAGAUCCCUGUUCCCAACCUUAUUACUUUUGCUGAAACUCUUGAGGUUGGUUACAGCAAAUACAAAAAUCCAUAUCACAACUUGAUCCAUGCAGCUGAUGUUACUCAAACUGUGCAUUACAUAAUGAUUCAUACUGGUAUCAUGCACUGGCUCACAGAACUGGAAAUUUUAGCAAUGAUUUUUGCAGCUGCCAUCCAUGAUUAUGAACAUACGGGGACCACAAACAAUUUUCAUAUUCAGACAAGGUCAGAUGUUGCAAUAUUGUACAAUGAUCGGUCUGUUCUUGAAAACCAUCAUGUAAGUGCUGCUUAUAGACUAAUGCAAGAGGAAGAGAUGAACAUCCUGACAAAUUUAACCAAAGAUGACUGGAGGGAGUUGCGUAGCUUGGUCAUUGAGAUGGUCUUGUCAACAGAUAUGUCGGGUCAUUUCCAACAAAUUAAAACGAUGCGGCAUACUCUACAGCAGGCAGAGGGGGUAGACAAAGCCAAAGCCAUGUCUUUGAUUCUACAUGCAGCAGACAUAAGCCAUCCAGCAAAAUCCUGGGAACUGCACUACCGGUGGACCAUGGCCCUGAUGGAAGAAUUUUUUCGACAGGGAGACAAGGAGGCUGCUUUAGGUCUUCAGUUUUCCCCACUCUGUGACCGCAAGUCUACUUUGGUAGCUCAGUCCCAAAUCGGUUUCAUUGAUUUCAUAGUAGAACCAACAUUUUCUCUUCUUACGGACUCAAUGGAGAAAAUUGUUAUGCCUCUUAUAGAGGAAGCAUCAAAAUCUGAAAGUCCUGCAUUUGGGACACCCGGCCAGAAUAAUUUGGGAGCAGUAAGCAAUGUUGAUGCGCAAAGACGACACAAUUUUAGAAGUACAGCAAGUGAUGGAGCAGCUCACACAGAAAAUUCCCUAGCAACUGUAGACCUAAGAAGCUUUAGGGACAACUUGAUGCAGAUAAUUCAAGCAAACAAAGAAAGAUGGAAGGAAUUAGCAGUAGAAGAAGAACUUGUGAAAAAUGUUGAUGAACAGAAAAAAGACCAGAGCAGAAAUUCCACAGAUGCACAGUUACAGGAAGAGACAAGAAGCAGACAAAAUGAGAGUAGUCAGGGAAGUGAUGGUACAGCCUGUCCUCCCAGACCCAUCGUCCUACAAGUAGUCACUUCCAACACUGCUCUGAGUGAUGAAUCCAACUCAGAAAAAUGCACUAACUCUGAUCCGAACCAGAAAGAUCUCACCGAUGCCCAGCAAGAAACACAGAAUACAGACCCACUGAAUGGUGAGCCUACACACUGUAAGCAAACAGAAGAUAUAGUAAAAGCCACGGAACAGAAUGAAGCACUGGUACACAACUAGAUUUACUCUUUCUUAAAAGCUUCUGACGUUUCUGGCAGGACAG